AUGUCUAGUGAAACGGAGGUUUCUACUUCUCCUGGUAAUCCGGUGAGGGAUGUUAACUGGUACCGUCAGCUUUGGUGGAACACCGUCUCACAAUGUAAGGAUACCUCGAUAUCUGAUAAUACUUCAAAUUACGAUGUAUCCGAUAACGCUCCAAAUCCUGAUGUAACUAGUAACGCUUCAAAUUUUGAUGUAUACCAGGAUACGAAGGCUAAAUCGCCAGAAGACUCACGGAGCGAGGAUGUUAAUGCGUCUAAAGUGAUCGAUGAAUUCCUGGACGAGGUACAUAAGAAAAGGGUUAGCGAUUCGAUCAGGCAGAGAAAGCAUGAGGAGAAACUUUAG